AAAAGUUUAGAAAAGAAAAAGAAAAUCCGAACCGAUUCCAUACCAAAAUCCAAAUCCAAAUUUUGUGCCGAAUUCCCAGAGAAUAAUUGAAGAUAAUCCCACACAUUUCAUUGCGAUCGCAUUAAGUUUUGAAUGAUCGAUGACACCAUUUCUUCUUUUUAUUCUGAUUCGAAUUGUUGUAUCAUCGUCGUAUGGGCAAUUAAAAAAUAUAAAAACAGGAGAAAGAAAGAAAGAAAUUAAAUGGAUAAGGUACCGGGUGCUCUUAGAAUCAAAAUAAAAAAAGGUGUGCGUCUUGCCGUUCGUGAUUGCAAAACCAGCGAUCCUUAUGUCGUCAUCAAGAUGGGUAAUCAGAAAGUGAAGACUCGGAUUGUGGAGAGAAAUGUCAACCCGGAGUGGAACGAAGACUUGAUUCUUUCUGUUCAUGAACCUGAUCUUCCAAUUAAGCUGACCGUGUAUGACCAUGACAGAUUUAGCAAGGAUGACAAAAUGGGUGAUGCAGAAGUCGACAUCAAACCGUUUCUGGAGGUCCUGAAUAUGAAACGUAAAAACUUCCCGAGCGGCACCAUUUUAAAGAAAAUACAACCUACUCGAUCAAAUUUCUUGGUCGAACAAAGCCAGAUAAUAUGGAAACACGACAAGAUUGUUCAAGAUAUGUGUCUUAGAUUGCAACAUGUGGAAUGUGGUGAGGUGGACCUCGAGUUGAGUUGGAUUAACCCGCCUGGUGCAAGCAGCACUUAGAACUGUAUUUGACAUGGAGUCAUGGAGGCACACAAAAGAAUUUGUAAUAGAAAAGAACUAGACGUAAUUAAAAAGUUGUAUUUGUAGUGCAUUUUUUUAAUUUCUA